AUGCGCCUAGGAAAUGAAACAGACCACCCUCAGAACCCUCCGGCUGUGCGCAGUUGCCACUCGUUCAGAUGUUACUUUCCUGGCUGCAACGCCAACUACCGGCGCAAGGAGCACUUGCACCGCCAUGAAGCAAAGCACUUUCAGCAGCAGGAUUUUUCGUGUUCUAACUGUGGCCGUGAGUUCGGACGAAGCGACACACUUCGACGUCAUGUCCGUCAGCAUCACAGCUUGAUUGUGCCUCUCAAGCGUGCACAGCGAGCCUGCGAGAGCUGCCAUGCAGGGAAGUCUCGGUGCGAAGGAGGUGUACCAUGUGACAGGUGUCUACGUCGCAAGAUUCAGUGCUCCUUCAACGGCCGUACCGGUACAGCAGAUAAUCAAGUUCCCGGAUCUCGAACGCCCCGCGCAUCAAGCAUGGAACAUGCCCAAACACGGUUCCAGCAUAUGGAGAAAACGGAGCAGUGCAUCAAUCUUUAUUUUGAGACAUUCCACCCCUGUUGGUCAUUUGUCCACAAAGGAGGAUUCGACAUGCGCCGUGAAACGCCCUUACUGGUUCAAUCGAUGGUUGCAAUAGGCCUGUGGGCUAGUGGAGGACAGCCCGCGCAGUCGGCAGCAGUGGAGCUUCAUAGUAAUCUAAACUCAGCUAUUCGAGAUCAAAAGGAGAAAUGGGAUGCCUCAGAAGUAGUCGAAGCUUGCAGCACCUGUGUCUGGCCAAUAGCUACAUACCAGGCUAUCCUCUUGCAUAUUAUCUUCUCUUUUGUCCUCAGCAGCAGGGGUGGUAUCGAUAUCGAUCUAAAAAUCUCCCUUUCUCCUGCUGAUCUCGGAUUACUCGAAGCACUUGUCCGAAGUUGUCGAAGGCUGGGUAUGUUCUAUUAUCCAAACAUCCUCGCCAGAUAUAAAGAAGAUGACCUGGCUUCAUUUGUCUGGGUGGGCAUUGAGGAAAUCAAACGAUUUAAUAUAGCCUUGUACAAGGUUUGUGGGAAAGCAAGCAGGUCUAGUAUAAGAGACGGAAGCCAGGGUAAUGCUAAUGCAGUUAGUUACGCGCUAACCGCACUUGAACUUCAAUUUCCCCCGCCAGACAGCUGUCCUUUGUGGAAUGCCGUUGGCAAAGAUGAAUGGAUGGCUAUUGUGAAGGACGUGAAGCCGGUUUGCUUAGACGAUAUCUGCCAGGAUAACUGGAUAUCAAAUUUUGCAGGAGUCUUAGAGCAUUUUUGA